CGAGAUAGUCUUCGAGCAGUAAGUGGUGCAGCAACAGCUGAAGCUCCGGCCGAUCUUCUCCACUUUAUAAACAGAGCCGCGCUUCCAUAUCCCUGUCAUUUCACUGCGACGACGCUUGCGCCACACUCAUCGAGAGGAAGAGUACAUAGAUUAUUUCCAAGAGUUGCUGUACACGCGCACUGCGCUUGGAUCGAUCUGAACCUUGACAUCUCUACCUUGCGCCGCUGCACUUUGACGAUUUCGGACGUCCGAGUAGAGCUUGCGAGAAGACAUAAUAUACAGAGUUCAAAGUACGCGUCUCGCUGAUUAAGAUAUCAUACGCUGGAGUACUAUACUUAUAAAUAUUAUACUUUCCAAAUGCAAUUUUUUUUCUUCGAACUCAUCUAAAAGAACACUCGGCGAAUCUCACGCAAACUUCUAAAACUUCUGCUGCAUACAGCUAUAGCUCACGGAGUCGCGCCGGUGAAAGUUGGCGGGAAAAUUCAAGAAGUGCGUCGCUGCACAUAGCCCGAACACGCUCAUAAAUCUAACGAGCCGGAAAAUUCAGGAAGGUCUUUCCGAGAGAAGCUAAGAGUCGUAUAGAGCCGAGGAAAAAGCGAAAUGCCGAGCAGCAAGACGCGCGUGGCCAUAAUCGGCGGAGGAGUAGCCGGUCUCGUAGUCGCCAGACACGUGGUCUCCAGGCCCGAGACCUACAGCCUGAACCUUUUCGAGCAGACCGGUCAGAUCGGCGGUACCUGGGUCUACACCGAUGAGACCGAAACCGACAGGAAUGGACUGCCUGUGCACAGCAGUAUGUACAGGAAUCUCAGGACAAAUUUGCCGAAGGAGAUCAUGCAGAUUCCGGACUUUCCGUUCGAGGAUCCCGAAGGUCCCUCUUUUGUUCACCAUAGUGUGAUCCGACAGUACCUCUUGGAUUACACGCAGCACUUUAAUCUCUAUCCUCAUAUCAAGCUGAACACACUGGUGAAGCUCGUGGAGCCGGAGAAGCUAGCGAACGGCCAAGUGAUCUGGACGGUGACCUACACGGACCUGGCGACAAAGGUCCAGACGGUCAAGACCUUCGACGCGGUGGUCCUCUGCAACGGCCACUACACCGUCGGCCACGUUCCCGAGAUACCAGGUAUCGACAGCUUCAACGGCACCUGCAUACACAGCCACCAGUACCGGAUGCCGGAGAACUAUGCCGGGAAGACCGUCUGCAUCCUCGGCGCUUCCUGGUCGGGAAUCGAUAUCUGCCUCGAAGUUGCCAAGUACGCCAGGAAGAUCUAUCUGAGUCAUAAUCUGCCGGAGCCGAUCGACGCGAAAUUGCCGAAGAGCGUGGAGCAGAGGCCGGGUAUCGCGCAGGUCAACGACGGGACUUUCGUGUUCCGGGACGGUUUCUCCGCUCAGGUCGACGUACUCAUCUACUGUACUGGCUACGAAUUCACGUAUCCCUUCCUAUCGCCGAAAGUCCAGCUGAAAACCACGGACAACCACGUGGAGCCGCUCUACAAGACCCUGAUCCACAUGGACUGGCCGAACCUGUUCUUCAUGGGUAUCCCAGCGAUCGUCAUCCCCUUCCCCAUGUUCCACAUCCAGGCGCAGUACAUCCUCGGAAUAGUCGAGGGCCGAGUGAAGCUUCCCUCCCCGAAACAGAUGCACGAGGAGUACGCGAAGGAGAAGCAGAGUCUGCUCGACAAAGGCGUCGCGCUGAGGCACAUCAACAAGUUCUCCGAGCGUCAGUGGGCCUACUACGACGAAAUCGCUGCGGCCGCUGGUAUUCCGGGAUUUCCCCCGGUGGUGAGGAAGAUCUACGACCACUGCGGCAAAAUGCGCGAACAGGACUUCACGACGUACAAGAACUACGUCUAUCGCAUCGUCGACCGCGAGAACUUCACUGUGAAUUGUUGUAAGCCUUGUUAGGGUUUUAACGCGAGAUUAUGGAAAAUUGACGAUAUGCUGAUGAAGUCGAUACCCCCAGGGUAUCUUGAGAGAUUAUAAAUACGAGAAAUUCCUUUUGGGGAUAACGAUGUAACGCUUCGCGCGAAUCGGGAGCCAAAUAUUUCUUUUGGAAUCGCCGGUUCUGUAAUCAUACUUGUUAUGUGUUAUGCAUUUUUCUUUAAGCUUGAAAAACGUUCGCUGCUUAUGCGCAAGUCUGCGACGGACAAGUGGAAGAAUCAACAUCGAUGAAUAUAUUUACUACAUAUUUUUGCUUAAAGAUCUUCACUGGCAAUUGUUUCUUAUUGCAUAUGCGCUCCCGGAUAAACACAUAUAUAUAUAUAUAUAUAUAUAUAUAUAUAUAUAUAUAUAUAUAGUUGUUCGCACCGUUGUGUAAUGAUGAGGCGGACGGAAGAUAUUAUGUAUUUUUGCUACUUUUGUAAGCUGAGAUAAAUAUUGCGAUUAUUUGAUUAUAAUAUAUGUAUACGCUUUUAUGAUGCAAUAAUAAAAAGAGAAGAUAUUUAGGA